GUAAUGCGUAAGAUCACCUCCAGAUGGCAGUCGAGGGUGGCACAUCGCUCAAAAAUAAGACAAAGUAGAGUUGAUUAUUCGUUGUCAUGGUGAUUCGUGGUAGAUACGCUGAAUAUAUUGAUUCAAGCGCAGAAUGUCUGAGACAACAUGUAAAAUCUUUUACAUUUUCCCAAAUGUAGACAAAUAUGAGGGAGAAUGCUAUCGUACAUCAGAUGGUGUGGUGAUCAGGAAAGGGUUUGGCACACAGACGUCAGCCUCUGGAGUUAUAUACAAUGGGGAAUGGGACAAUGAUAAGAUGAAUGGCAGUGGAACUCUGACACAUCCAUCAGGAGCAAUUUACAAAGGUCUAUUUAGAGAUAACAUGUAUCAUGGAAAAGGAACAUACAGAUUUCCUGAUGGGACAGAAUACAAUGGAACCUUCAACUAUAAUAGAUUAGAGGGUGAUGGAGAGUUCACAGAUUCGCAAGGACUUGUGUGGACUGGAGUGUUUCACAACAAAGCAGCACUAGGACUGAAGCUUAAAGUCAACAUGUAGCAUGCACUGAUUUACACAAACACUCUGCAAUUACUACAAUUAAAUUGUUCAUUUACAUGA